AUGGCGACUACUCAACAGAGGGCACUGUCGACGAAGGAGGCCGACAUACAGAUGAUGUUGGCUGCCGAAGUCCACCUCGGCACCAAGAACUGCGACUUCCAGAUGGAGCGCUACGCCUUCAAGCGCCGCAAUGACGGAAUUUAUAUUAUCAACCUUGGAAAAACAUGGGAGAAACUUCAGAUGGCUGCUAGGGUUAUUGUGGCAAUUGAGAACCCACAUGACAUUAUUGUUCAGUCGGCAAGACCCUAUGGUCAGAGAGCCGUCUUAAAGUUUGCCCAAUACACUGGAGCUCAUGCGAUUGCUGGACGCCACACCCCAGGUACUUUCACUAAUCAGCUUCAGACUUCAUUCAGUGAGCCUCGUCUUCUCAUCCUCACUGAUCCAAGAACUGACCACCAGCCUAUUAAGGAAGGUGCACUUGGGAAUAUUCCAACUAUUGCUUUCUGUGACACAGACUCCCCAAUGCGAUAUGUCGACAUUGGUAUUCCUGCCAAUAACAAGGGGAAGCACAGCAUUGGUUGUCUGUUCUGGCUGUUAGCAAGGAUGGUCUUGCAGAUGCGUGGUGUCAUUGCCCAAGGGCAUAAGUGGGAUGUGAUGGUGGAUUUAUUUUUCUACAGGGAGCCUGAGGAGGCUAAAGAAGAACAAGAGGAGGAAGCACCAGUGGCCCAAGAAUAUGAGUAUUCUGCUUCAGCUAUUACUGGUAUUGCCGAUCAGUGGGUUAGUCAAAUCCCUGAUGCACAAUGGAACCCUGACAUAGCUCCACCUUCCAUUCCAGCUGUUGUUGCUGAUGCUGGUUGGACCCAGGAUGCUGCGGUGGGAGGUUCUGCUGAUGGAUGGGAUACCGUUGCAGCUCCUAUUCCUGGGCCCGAGAUUCCUGUUAUUCCUCCUCCUGCUGCAACAGGUUGGGGGGAGUAG